CUGCUUCUGUUAGUGUUGAUUCCGACGAUCAUGUGCGUCAAAUAAUUUUACAUGAAGAGACUUGUCGUAACCCUGAUGGCAAAGCAACUACAGAAACCUUGGUUUUCGAAAUUAAUUUGACCAACGGACAGUGGAGAAAGCUCAAGAGAAGGAAAGUAAAGGGUCUUAGAAAUCAGACAAGUGAUGGAUCAAAUGGCAAAAUGAAUGGAAGACAGCAAAAUGGCGAGAAUUAA